GAUAUAUCAACAUCCCUUUACAGGGUAUAAAGAAGCCUUCAGUGUACAACUCGAACAUUUAUAUCCUGUGGUUUCUCAUAUAUGCAAUUACCAAGACGUUGCAAUGACUGAUCCAAACAGCUCUUACCUCCUGGAGAACUUCAGUGAAUUCUACUAUGAAGAAUUCAACUACACUGACCUCCAAACCCCCACUGACUUUAAUGUGGAUGAAAAAACGCUACUCUGUCAUCCCGUCACCAUAGCAGAUGCAAUCCACAUUUCAUUUUGUGUCUUUUAUAUUAUCAUGUUUCUGAUGGCCAUACCAGGGAACCUGAUUGUCGGCUACGUCAUUGGUUCAAACAGACGCGCACUCUCUGCUUCGGAUGUCUACUUAGUCAACCUAAUGCUGGCCGACACUCUACUGGCCCUAAUCUUGCCCUUUUCUGCAGUCUCCGUGCUGCACGGUUGGGUGUUCGGUGAUGUCGCAUGCAAACUGGUUUCCCUGGUAAAAGAAGUGAACUUUUACACCAGCAUCCUAUUCCUGGCGUGCAUUAGUGUGGAUCGCUAUAUGGUUAUCGUCCGAGCUUUGGAAGCUCAAAAGGCCGAACGAAGUCUGUACAGCAGGGUUGCGUGUGGAGUCGUGUGGGUUUUGGGAUGUUUCCUAUCCUUACCAUCACUCUACAACGAGGCUUUUUAUUCCAAAAUGGCCAGUCAGACUGUUUGUAAGGAACGCUUCAAAGCAGAUAGCGCCGAUGAGUGGCGACUGGCCACGCGUAUUUUGAGGCACCUCCUUGGCUUUGUGCUACCCCUAGUGGUCAUGUUGAUCUGCUACAGCAUAACAAUAGCACGGCUGUUGCGUACAGGCGGUUUCCAGAAACAGAGAGCCAUGAAAGUGAUUGUAGCUGUGGUUGUGGCUUUCCUUCUAUGCUGGACCCCUUUCCAUGUUGUGACAAUUGUUGACACCCUGCUGAGGGUCAAAGCAAUUAAAUUCAGCUGUUACACUCGAACAUCUGUGGAUGUUGCCAUGUUUGCUACUGAAAACCUAGGCCUCCUACACUGCUGUGUGAACCCUAUGCUGUACGCUUUCGUGGGCGAGAAGUUCCGAAGAAGGUUUCUGCAAUUGCUCCAUAGGAGAGGGCUUCUGGAGCGUUUCUCGGUCUCCAGAUCUAGCAGGUCUUCUUCUUUGACCUCAGAAGUCACGUCCAGCUUUCUGUAAGCUACCGCCACAAAACACUCUGCUGAAAGACCAGUAUUAAUGUCCAGUGUUGGACCAGAAAUGCUCGUUGACCAACACAAAUGCUGGUUUUUAACAGGGAAUGGACUUCAAUAAAUGUGAACUGCAACCAAUGGAAACAAAACCUGUUGUAACUGUCAUGCUGUGCCUCCCUCUGUUGGUCAAAAAUAGUCUAACUUUUCACUAAGAAGAGUGAGAAGUAGGCCUACACUUGCAUGUAAAAUUGCUUGGCUGAGGUUCUAAAAGACAAAUGUUUUAAUUAGUGGUGCUUGCUAAGGCAGGCUAAGGGCAUGCAUGAUACUGCAAAUCGUGUUGUUUGUCGAGGAGAGGAGAGAUAUGCUAUUACUUUUAUUAUUGCCUGGUAAACAAUAAACAUGCAAUUAAAUUUAAAGCACUUUGAUGCACAAACCAUUCGUCAAGGCAACUGGUGGUCAGUAUGCAAGGUAUUUCUUAUAGAUAUUUUGAAACUUUAGAGACAUUUUAAAAAUGUGAGUGACAAUAAGCCAAAAAGUAAAGUUGGUGAGGAGCCCAUAAUAUCUGUUUAGAAUAUUUUACCGAGGUUUUACAUAUAUAUAUAUAUAUAUAUAUGGAAGGGUUACUUUUGAAAUGUUUUCCACUACAGAUUACAGAAUACAUGCUGUAAAAUGUAAUUUGUAAUGUAUUUCAUUAGAUUACUCGAGGUCAGUAACGUAAUCUAAAUACUUUGGAUUACUUCUUCAGCACUGAUAGAUUUUUUCACUUGUUUUGACUAUAAAAACUCUGCCAGUACAGUAAGACAAAAUAUACAUGUUAAAAAUACAUUCUCUGAAAAACCUAAAUAUCUUAUGCAGUGUUGUUUCUAAAACAAGAUCAAUCAAAUUGAUCUUGUUUUAAGGAUUUUUAGAUAUUUUUACAGGAAAACAAUACAAAAAUUAUUAUCAAGAAUAUGAUUUUUGCCCUAAUAUCAAAGGUCUUACUAGAAAAAAAGAAAUUAUGAUCCAAUGUGAAUUUUCUUGAUAAAAAAAUAUGAUCGUGUCUGGUAACAUGUGCAUGUAAAAUGGCUAGAAAUAGCAUUUUAGCUUAGCGUAAAGCUGACAAUUUACACAAGGUUUAUUUCUAUUUCUUCUGCUCCAAACUUACUUCAAACUUACUUCUCUGUCUGCUCGCAUGAAAGUAAAACAUCAUAAGAAAGUGUUUCACCGCUGUUCAAAUGCACUUUGGAUCGCAUCAUUUAUAUGUAUAAAUGUUUUGCAUCUGAAAGGACUAAAUAUUAAAUGCAACAAAUGACAAUAAAAUGCAAAGUAAUCUCUUCAGUAAUCAAAA